AUGGGGACUCCCAGGGCCCAGCAUCCGCCGCCUCCCCAGCUGCUGUUCCUAAUUCUGCUGAGCUGUCCCUGGAUUCAGGGUCUGCCCCUGAAGGAGGAGGAGGCACUGCCGGAGCCUGGAAAUGAGACCCCCACUGUAGCCUCUGAGGCCUUGGCGGAGCUGCUCCAUGGGGCCCUGCUGAGGAGAGGCCCGGAAAUGGGCUACCUGCCGGGAUCUGAUCCAGACCCCACACUAGCCACCCCUCCAGCCGGCCAGACUCUUGCAGCACUCUCCCUGCCACGGGCCACUGAGCCGGGCACAGGGCCUCUGACAACAGCCGUAACCCCUAAGGAGGGCAGGGGGGCAGGCUCCACCGCGCCGGAGCUGCUGACCCCGCCCCCAGGAACUACGGCCUCGCCCCUUCCCGGUCCCGCCUCCCCAGGCCCGCCCCUCGGGCCUGAGGGAGGAGAGGAGGAGACCACGACCACCAUCAUCACCACGACAACUGUCACCACGACAGUGACCAGCCCAGUUCUGUGUAAUAACAACAUCUCCGAAGGAGAAGGGCAUGUGGAGUCUCCAGAUUUAGGGAGCGCGGCCAGCCGCACCUUGGGGCUCCUGGACUGCACGUACAGCAUCCAUGUCUACCCUGGCUACGGCAUUGAGAUCCAGGUGCAGACGCUGAACCUGUCUCGGGAGGAGGAACUCCUGGUGCUGGCUGGUGGGGGGUCCCCAGGACUGGCCCCCCGACUCCUGGCUAAUUCCUCCAUGCUGGGAGAAGGACAGGUCCUUCGGAGUCCAACCAACAGGCUGCUCCUGCACUUCCAGAGCCCACGGGUCCCAAGGGGUGGUGGCUUCAGGAUCCACUAUCAGGCCUACCUCUUGAGCUGCGGCUUCCCUCCCCGGCCAGCCCAUGGGGAUGUGAGUGUGACAGACCUUCACCCUGGAGGCACUGCCACCUUCCACUGUGAUUCGGGCUACCAGCUGCAGGGUGAGGAGACCCUUAUCUGCCUCAAUGGUACCCGGCCAGCCUGGAGCAGUGAACCCCCCAGCUGCAUGGCAUCCUGUGGUGGCACCAUCCACAAUGCUACCCUUGGCCGCAUCGUGUCCCCUGAGCCUGGGGGAGCUGCAGGGCCCAACCUCACCUGCCGUUGGGUCAUCGAAGCAGCUGAGGGACGCCGGCUGCACCUACACUUUGAGAGAGUCUCCCUGGAUGAGGACAAUGACCGGCUGAUGGUGCGCUCAGGGGGCAGUCCCCUAUCCCCGGUGAUCUAUGACUCGGACAUGGAUGAUGUCCCAGAGCGGGGUCUCAUCAGUGAUGCCCAGUCCCUCUAUGUGGAGCUGCUUUCAGAGACACCUGCCAAUCCCCUGCUGCUAAGCCUCCGAUUUGAAGCCUUUGAGGAAGAUCGCUGCUUUGCCCCCUUCCUGGCACAUGGCAAUGUCACCACCACGGACCCUGAGUACCGCCCAGGGGCACUGGCCACCUUCUCGUGCCUCCCAGGAUAUGCCCUGGAGCCCCCUGGCCCCCCCAAUGCCAUCGAAUGUGUGGAUCCCACAGAACCCCACUGGAACGACACAGAGCCAGCCUGCAAGGCCAUGUGUGGAGGGGAGCUGUCAGAGCCAGCUGGUGUGGUCCUCUCUCCGGAUUGGCCCCAGAGCUACAGCCCCGGCCAAGAUUGCGUGUGGGGUCUGCAUGUCCAGGAAGAGAAGCGCAUCUUGCUCCAAGUUGAGAUCUUGAAUGUGCGCGAAGGGGAUAUGCUGACACUGUUCGACGGGGACGGUCCCAGCGCCCGAGUCCUGGCCCAGCUGCGAGGGCCUCAACCGCGCCGCCGCCUCCUCUCCUCUGGACCCGACCUCACGCUGCAGUUCCAGGCACCGCCCGGGCCUCCAAACCCGGGCCUGGGCCAGGGUUUCGUGUUGCACUUCAAAGAGGUCCCGAGGAACGACACGUGCCCCGAGCUGCCGCCCCCGGAAUGGGGCUGGAGGACGGCUUCCCACGGGGACCUGAUCCGGGGCACUGUGCUUACUUAUCAGUGCGAGCCUGGCUAUGAGCUGCUUGGGUCGGACAUUCUCACCUGCCAGUGGGACCUGUCCUGGAGCGCAGCGCCACCCGCCUGCCGAAAGAUCAUGACUUGUGCCGAUCCUGGUGAGAUCACCAACGGGCACCGCACCACCUCAGAUGCCGGCUUUCCUGUUGGCUCCCAUGUCCAGUAUCGCUGUCUGCCGGGGUACAGCCUGGAGGGGGCGGCCGUGCUCACCUGCUACAGCCGGGACACGGGCACGCCCAAGUGGAGUGACCGGGUCCCCAAGUGCGCCUUGAAGUACGAGCCGUGCCUGAACCCCGGGGUGCCAGAGAAUGGCUAUCAGACAUUGUACAAGCAUCACUACCAAGCGGGCGAGUCUCUGCGCUUCUUCUGCUAUGAGGGCUUUGAGCUCAUUGGCGAGGUCACCAUCACCUGUGUGCCCGGCCACCCCUCACAGUGGACCAGCCAGCCCCCACUCUGCAAAGUGGCCUAUGAGGAGCUCCUGGACAACCGAAAACUGGAAGUGAGCCAGACCACCGACCCGUCACGGCAGCUAGAGGGUGGGAACCUCGCCUUGGCCAUUCUGCUGCCCCUAGGCUUGGUCAUUGUCCUCGGCAGUGGUGUUUACAUAUACUAUACCAAGCUACAGGGAAAAUCCCUCUUCGGCUUCUCGGGCUCCCAUUCCUACAGCCCCAUCACGGUGGAGUCAGACUUCAGCAAUCCACUGUAUGAAGCUGGGGAUACACGAGAGUAUGAAGUUUCCAUCUGAACACCAAGACUAAGGCUGCAGGACCCAGGACGCCCCUCCUCUCCUCAUUCUGGGCAGGAAGGAGUACAGGACCUGGCCUCUGGCUCCCUUCCUCCCUACUGUGUAAAUAAUCUCCUGGUCCCACGAGGGGGCUUUGAUGGCCCUGGGGACCCUACAGUAAAUAAACCAGCAUCCUGUGCCCAAAGCCUCCUCUUCUCAGUUGCCAAACAAGGGGUCUGCCCCCCACUCACUCUACCCGCUUUUGGACCCUAGGAGGGGAACUCAGGCUCUGAUGCAACUCCUGGGGCCCCUCCAGCUCAGGGCAUCCCACAAGGACUACCCAAGAGCUCUGCUGUUCCCUUGGUCAUGAAGGCUCUGCCCUUCCCAGAUGCUCUGUCCCCGGGCUUAACCUCUGACCCUUGGAGGGUCAGAAGAAGAGGGACGAAGGGGAGAGCUGGGACAAGG